AUGGAGGAGUGCGCUGGUAUCUGCUGUGUGGGCUCUUCGCGGGGAUGUCGGUGUCGUCAGCAGUGCCAGGGCCCAGCUGAGACAGCAGCCCCGGAAGAAAAGCACGUGGAGGCGGACUCGGCAGCGUGGUGCUGUGCUGAGAGUGGAGGAAUCGCGAGCCCCAUGCCGCCCCCGUACUGCUCGCUGCAAGACCUGCCUCCUGAGCUGCUGGUGGAGAUCUUCGCCUCGCUCCCUGGCACUGAUCUGCCCAGCCUGGCCCAGGCCUACACCCGAUUCCACCGCAUCCUGCACACCGACAGCAUCUGGAGACGGCGCUGCCGGGAGGAGUAUGGCGUUUGUGAAAACUUGCAGAACCUGGAGACGAUAGGUAUGUCUUAUCGAGAAGUCUAUGCGAAGCUGCUCCACCCCUACAGACACAUUUUGGGAUUGUGGCAGCUAGAUACUAAGGACUACAGAUCACUGCUGAAUGUCGUGGUGGAUGGCUUAUGCAUUACUGGUUGGACGUACGGGCCUUCCCUUAACACCCAUGUGGAUGGCCCACUGCAAUUCGAGCCGUUCAGAAUUCGCCUGACGGAGAGGAAAUCAGCCACGGUGGAGUGCAUGGAAGGCCUCCGCAUCAGGCCCCACAGCCGCCACGUGCAGAUUCAGAAGGACAGGUUCACCCUCCAGUGCAACAAGACAGACCACCGAAAGGAUUUAACAGCGAGACUUAGGAAAGAACGGGCGCUGGUGCUGACGCUGGGGGAGGACAGAUAUCAGUAUGACUGCCUGGCCUACCGCCGCCUCUACCUCCCGCCGUGCCACCUGGAAGACCUCAUCAGGCCAGGCCUCUUCCAAGGCAACUACGAUGCCUUCGGCCUAAAGAUCGCCAUGCUCAGCUUCCAUGGGAAGUAUGCCAGGGUCACGAAGAUCAAGGGAGACUCCAUCGCGAUGUUAGAGAUCCACCUCAUGCGCCGCAUCCAGCUGCCAGAUGGCGAGUUCUUCCGCAACUUCAACGAGCUCUCCCGUGUGAUCCAGGAGAUUGACGAGCAGAUGAUCCUGGAGCAGCUGCAGCAGCAAGAAGACGGGACUGAGGACAGCCAGGGCCAUGGCUGGCAGAGCCCUGCCCAGCCCAGCGUCGGGGAGUCCGGGGCUGCAGCUUUGGAGGAGCAGCCUGUCCCGUUUGUUCUGCCUGUGGGCACGCGCACAAGAGACCAGAACUACCCCCGAACCUGCAGGAUGUGUUUCUAUGGCGUGGACACUGUUACUGUUACCUUACAUGGCUUCGCCUACCCCGGGAGCCUUCCUGGAGUCUUCAUCCUGUUCGAUGAGAACCACUUCGGGUUCAUCUGGCUGGAGCUGAAAUAUUUCGUCCUGUUCGGCAGAGUCCAGAACACCUUCCAGAAUGUGGAGGCACCAUCCCCGCAGGCCUUCCUGGAGAUGCUCAAGGACAUUCAUUCCGGACCCCCUAGGAGGAGCAGCUUGCAGAUUUGACCUUCUGACCAGGUUACCCACCUUUGUUUGUUUUUUUAAUCCUCACCCGAGGAUAUUUUCCCAUUGAUGUUUAGAAAGAGUGGAAGAGAAAAGGAAAGAUAGAAAUAUCGAUGUGAGAGAAACACAUCAGUUGGUUGCCUCCUGCCCAAGCCCAGACCAGGGCCAGGAUGGGUAGGAACCAGAAACUGAGGUAGAAAUAAACCUUAGACCAGUGGUCUCAACCUUCCUAAAGCUGCGACCAUUUACUACAGUUCCUCAUGUUGUGGUGACCCCCAAUUUCAUUGUUACAAAUUGAACAUAAUGAAAGCAUAGUGAUUAAUCACACACAAAAAAAGAGGAAAAGCACUCCUGCAAUUAAUUCAUUGAUUGAGUUACAAGUGGGACUGCUUUUUUUUUUUAAUGAAACACCAUUUUUACUUAAGAGUGAUUGACAAGCUAUU